AUCUCCUCGUGGCACAAGUUCAUUCAUUCUCUGCGCCUGCUACUUACUCAGCUCCCUCACCGUUUCGCCGCUCAUUCGUCGCUCCGUCGUCGCGGCGAGCUGUCGGAGACCGGAUCGCGCACGUGCGUGCAAACUCCGCAGCCAAACCGAAGAGGGAAUGCAGAAAUAGAGCAGCAACGGAAGACAUUUCGACGAUUUUCUGGCCGCUCUGGGCUCCUCAGGCUCCAUUGCGUGUCGGUCCCUGGGGAGGUAACUUGCUACUAUGUCGCGUACAGUCGGACACUUGCCGUUAGCGUCGCUCUCGCUUGACUCGCUCGAUAUGGAGGACUAUGAGGUGUUGGGCGAGGUCGGUACGGGCGCGUAUGGGACGGUGUAUGAGGCGAGGAAUCGGACGUCGGGUCUGCACGUGGCUCUGAAGCGAGUGCCGCUGUUGAGCGGCGAGGAGGGUGUGCCGGUGACUACAGUGAGGGAGGUGACGCUGUUGAGGCAGUUGGGCAAUGGAAGUCACCCGAAUAUUGUAAGGCUAUUUGAUGUUAUACUACUGAAGGAUGGUCAUGAAUGCAAUUUAGGUCUAGUGUUUGAGUAUCUGCAGCAAGACCUGGAGAACCGAAUGAAGCAAGGAGACCUCACGCCAUCAUUUAUAAAGAACACUGUCAGACAGCUACUGAAUGGACUCGACUUUUUACAUUCGCAUCGCGUCGUGCACCGAGAUUUGAAGCCGCAGAAUAUCCUGGUGGCUAGAGAUGAUUGUAUUAAAGUUGCCGACUUUGGUCUCGCAAGACUCUACCACAGUGGCAAUAUGACACUUACAACAAAGGUCGUCACGCUUUGGUAUCGAUCGCCCGAAGUCCUGCUUGUUGGCAGUUACGACUUCUCUGUCGAUAUCUGGAGCCUCGGUUGUAUCUGGGCCGAAAUGCUAUGUAGAAGGCCAUUGUUUCCCGGAAAGAACGAGGCAGAUCAACUUACUAAAAUAUUUUGCGUGAUGGGCACUCCCUCGUCCGACGAAUGGCCGAGCGAGAGUUCAAUACCUCGAGCUGUGUUCGACGGCUACAGCAAGCAGGACUUGCAGAGAAUCCUACAGGAUGCAUCGAUUGAUACAAUUUCUCUCUUAGAGCUUAUGCUCACGUUCAAUGUCGAUACUCGGAUAUCAGCACAACACGCACUAAACCUUCCUUACUUUUCCAGUUGACGAACCGGACGGAGUAUAAAUCGCCAUAUGUAUGUUAACGAUGUCGUUGGAAUUUUGCAUCGAUUUGUAAGGCGGACGACAUAAUGUAACCCUAUGGCUGGC